GCACGUGUCUCAAGCCAGUUCCGGUGCAGGAGGAGGACGCGUUGGAGCGGAUGUGUGCGUGACAAUGACCCGGGUUUGACUCGAUCUGCGGGAUUCGAGCUGCGGGACACAAGCCGGAGGACCGCUGCUGCCGAGCCGGGGGACAUGGGGACACAGGGUGCGGGACGGAAGCGGUCCAGCAAGAAGGACAAGUCCACCGCGGAGGACGAUGCGCUGAACCUCAUCGCCAGAGAGGCCGAGGCCAGGCUGGCAGCGAAGAGGGCGGCCAGGGCAGAGGCCCGAGAGAUCCGCAUGAAGGAGCUGGAGAGGCAACAGAAGGAGCUCUCAGACGAUGAUGAGCGGAUGUCAGUGGGAAGCCGGGGAAGUGUCAGGGUGGAGGACAGAGAUUAUCUUGAGAAGGGAUCUCGAGCAGCUUCUGCCUUAACUGCAACUACGCUCACAUCCUUGGGUGGGACGUCCUCCCGAAGGGGAAGUGGAGAGACGUCCUUAACUGUAGACGCUGAGACGUCCAUACGAGAAAUCAAGGAGAUUCAUGAACUGAAGGAUCAGAUUCAGGAUGUGGAAAUCAAGUACACGCAGAACCUAAAAGAAGCUAAGGACACGUUAUCAGAGGUGGAGGAGAAGUAUCGUAAAGCCAUGGUGUCCAACGCUCAGCUGGAUAACGAGAAGAACAACUUGAUGUAUCAGGUGGACACGCUCAAGGACUCGCUCAUGGAGCUGGAGGAGCUGCUGUCGGAGUCCAAUAGAGGAUACGAGGAGAAAGUCAAGGAUUUCGAGCGAGAGAAACACGCCCACGGUGUCCUUCAGUUCCAGUUCAGUGAAAUGAAAGAGACACUAAAACAGAGUGAAGAGCUGCUAAAUGAGAUCCGUCAGCUGCGUUUGAAACAGGACGGUUUUGUUAGAGAAAUAUCCGACCUGCAGGAGACGGUGGAGUGGAAGGAUAAAAAAAUUGGGGCCUUAGAGCGACAGAAAGAAUACACAGACGCAAUCCGAACUGAGCGAGACGAGCUCAGAGAGGAGGCGGUGAAGCUCAAAGACAUUCUGAAGAAACAUGGAAUCGUGUUGGGACCGGAUCUGAGCGUCAAUGGGGACAUUGGUGAAGCGGAAGUGGACGGCUCCUCCUCUGGAGACACUGCUCACCAGCCGGCUCCGGACUCUCAGACAUCCGAGGGGAACAGCAUGCUCGGCAACACAGAGGAGACUGAGGAGCUGGAUCCAGAUCAGCAACCAGACAUUUUGAAAGAGGAAGCCAAAGAGAAUCAGUUGAGCUCUGAUAAACUCUGUGAUGCUGCUGUGUCCACAAUGGAAACAUCAGCAGCUGCAGAAGAACAUCCUGCAGACGAACAACAGACAGUGGACGAGAGCAUUGGAGGAAGCGACCUCAGCAAAGACUUGAAUGUUGACAUUCCUGAUCAUCCAGUUACUGAAGCCACAAAUAUAAUUGUAACAAGUGCUGAGGGAAAUAGUCCAGACACAGAAACAACCACAGGUGAGGCAGGUUUAGUGGAGACAGAAACCCAAAGCAAGAGGGAUGAUUUUAAACAGACAAGUGACAAGCUUAGUGAAAACAAACAGGAAGCAGCUGUGGAAAGUGAUUUGAAGAGUAAAGAAACAUGUCCACAGCAAACAGAUGUGAAGGACAUCUCCAGAGACGUAGAGAACGACGAGGCAGAGGAAGUCACGAGUAAAUCUCAGGGUGCUGCUGCUUCAGGGAAAAGGAAGAAAAAGAAGAGAAAGGGCAAAAAGAAAGGGAACCAACAAAAAGAUGAAACCGAAAAAGAAAACGGUAAAACAGAACCGAGUGUAGAACCAGAUAAAAAAGAGAAUAGGUCAACAACAGAACCGGAUAAAGAUGAUUCUGAAAUCCUCAAAGAAUCAAAGAUAGAUCAGGUAGAGAAAGAGGAGGUCGGGAAACAAACUGAGGAAGUAGAAGCAGCAAAAUCAGUCGAACCAACUGAAAGUGUUUCUCUCAAAGAAGCUUUCACAGAACAAAGAGAGGAUCAUGUUACAAACAAGCAGGACAAAGAGCAAACUGAGACAAUACAAGAAAUAACAGGAGCGGCACAAAGCAAAACCCUUUCCUGCUCUGAAACUCCUGAGGAAACAAGAGUAGCUCCUGUAACAAAUGAACAGAACAAAGAUUGGAGUGAAACGGCAGAAAUAAUCCAGGUGGUGGCACCGACUGAAACUUUUUCUCAAAGUGAAGCCCCGAAGGAGUUAUGCAGAGAAGCCAGAGAGGAUGAGCCGAGCGAAGAAGACCCAGAGAAAGCAGGAAGAGUUGAACCAUGUCCUCCAGAGACCCAGCUCAGUGCAUGUGAUCUGACCGACGCCUCCAACAGCACAGAUGGCUCCGAUGGCCUCAACAGAAAGUUCACUGACGAUGAGUCAGAACUCUCAGCUAAUGGUCCCAUCCUCCAUCGUGAGUCCAAAAUCAUUGAUAAUGCAGAGGAUGAAGAAGUUGAUGAGAUGAAACCUGAAUGUAAAACUGAGGGAAACACUGAAGAUGAACCACACGUUCCGAGCAGCAUCGAUGUUGCUGCCGAUGUCUCUGAGUCCACAAACAUUCAUGAGGGAAUAGACCUCACAUCGGCCUCGUCGCCAGAUUCUGAUGACGUCACAAUCCGUCUCAAAAGCUCGUCUGACUCCAAGCCUCAACCAGAGCCAUCAUCGCUGAGGGAGGAGUCUCCCAUCGAGGUUCCUGGUGAAGAUCCUGAGGAGACAACUGAGACACUAAAAGACGUAGAGGAGGCAGGAACAGAGACAGAGCAGGAGGGUUUUCCUCUCGGUGUCACCGAUCCGGAGCGAAAACCAGAUGAACCAGAUAAAAAAGAUAAUGGGUCAACAACAGAACCUGAUUUAGAUGAUUCUGAAAUCCUCAAGGAAUCAAAGAUAGAUCAAGUAGAGAAAGAGCAGGUCGGGCAACAAACUGAGGAAGUAGAAGCAGCAAAAUCAGUCGAACCAACUGAAACCGCUUCUCUCAAAGAAGCCUUCACAGAACCAAGAGAGGAUCAUGUUACAAACCAGCAGGACAAGGAGCAAACUGAGACGAUACAAGAAACACAAGACGAAGAGGAGGCAGGAACAGAGACCGAGCAGGAGGGUUUUCCUCUCAGUGUCACUGCUCCAGAGCUGAAACCAGAUGAGAUAGAAGAAGAAGAAGAAGAGCUGGACAGAGACGUGAAUGAACCUGGAGGUUUCAUCGAGCCAGAAAGCUCCUCACGGGAUGAAAAGAGUCUGUUAGAGACUGAAGCUCAGGUGGAACAUUUAGAUGAUCAGACAUUAGAGUGCGUGGAGCUGAAGGACGAAUCAGACGCCAAAGAAACAGAUGAGAUCAAUACCAUUGAGAAUCUAAAUACACCAGAGUCUCAGAAAGAAUCCUCCUGUUCUCUGGCUGAGCUCCUGCCUGAAUCCAGCAAAGACAAAUCUGAGGAUGACUCGUCUCCACCUAACCAGCAGGGCAGUGAUGAAGAGGAUGGUGAAGAGGAGGAAGGGCAAUCUUUUGAUUUUGACGACAUCGAUGUUCAGGCAGCUUUUGAAACGAACCAAAUUGAGGACGAGGAAAUUGAGGAGGGAGUUGAAGCCGUGUCAGAUCCAAGUGAAAAUACAGAAAGCGAGUCAACUGAGAGACGUGAUGAGGCGUCCGGGUUUGAUGGGUGUGACCAGGUAGAGUCAGAAACUACACGUCAGGCCACAGCACUCGAGGCCAGGCCAGGCACAGAGGAAGGAGAGUCAUCGGCUGGUGUUGCAGAGGACGUUAACCAGGCAACGUCUUCUCCAGUAGAGGAAGGAUUAGUUCAGCCGGAGUUGCAGGGGGACAGACCCGUCCACGUAGCCAGGGACAAAGAGCCACCGCAUUCAGGCAAAGGCGAGAGGAAGAACAGCAAGAAAGGCAAAGGAAAGGGCAAAGAGGACUGUAAAAUGUCUUAGUUCAUAGAUGCUUCAUAGUAUAGAUUUAUCUCCUUCAGUAGUCGUCGCUUAGCUCUUAAAAAGGGGUAGAUUAGAUAUUUGCAAAACCUCACAGCACUUUGUUGAACAGUGGUGUAUGUAUGUGUUUGUAUGUUAUUUUUAAAAAGGCACAGUGAAAGUCCGAAAACAUCGCUUUUCAAAAGAAAGGAUCAUUUGUGGAGCGAUGAAGAUGUAAACUGAGAGGAAACAGUCGUUUGACCCGUGGACAGAACUUGUGUUUAGUUAUUGAUGCACAUGUAAUAUGCUGCUUGUGAAGUUGUCUUGAUUUUGUUCUGCUGUGUCUCUGGAAUAGAGCCACAGACGAUUCGUUCUGCUUGAUGCAAUUGUUAUUCCCUCAAAGAGCUCAUUCUCAUUAAAGGGGCUGGCUACAUAUAAGUUAUCACUACAUAGCGAUCUAUGUACAGCUCUUUAUUUUCCAGCGUAUAAGAAAGUUUCAAGUUUUUGGAUAGCGUCAAUGCUGCAUCCAGUCCACUCCUGCUCAGAGGACGUAUUAUGACCUCGUGUCUGGAACAUGGCAGGCGACCAUCACCGUCCACCAUUUCCCACAAGACGCCACCUUCUGGUAGCAGAGUAAACUUACAUAUAGCAUCUUUAAUACUGUAGCAAUCUGGCUUUUUUACAUUUUCUAGGUAUGUUGUGAAGGUUAAAAUGAAAAUAUGUAGUUCAGACUCUUCCAAGCCUCUGAAUUCUAAAGCACAUGAAUGUAUGAUAAAUUGAUAAAUACAUGUUUUUUUUACUUUUUCUUGCACUUCAUGGAGAAGAUAUCUGUCGUCCCUGAACAAUGAAACUCCAAUAAAUCCACAGUUGAUACCUA